AUGAAGUUCAAUAUUGCCGCCAUAUUUGGCGCCUUUGCGGCCGUCUCUAUGGCAUUCCCAAUUGAUGGCAAGGCUCAGGGAAAGGCCCAGCGUGAUGUUGACGCAGCACGCGAGUACCUUGAAGGUCUGUCAGCGGUCAAAGCGCGUGACCUCGACGGCAAGGCUCAGGGCAAAGCUCAGGGCAAGGCGCAACGUGAUCUUGAAGAAGACGAAGAGUACGAGUACCUGGAUAUUGCUGAGCGUGACCUCGAUGGUAAGGCCCAAGGAAAAGCACAACGCGAUUUGGAUGGCAAAGCUCAGGGCAAGGCUCAACGUGAUCUAGAUGGAAAGGCGCAGGGUAAGGCUCAGGGUAAAGCCCAGCGCGAUUUGGAAGGAAAGGCUCAGGGCAAGGCUCAACGUGAUCUAGAUGGAAAGGCUCAAGGAAAGGCCCAGCGCGAUCUAGAAGGUAAAGCCCAAGGAAAAGCACAACGCGAUUUGGAUGGCAAAGCUCAGGGCAAGGCUCAGGGUAAAGCCCAACGUGAUCUUGAGGGCAAAGCUCAAGGAAAGGCUCAGGGUAAAGCCCAGCGCGAUUUGGAAGGAAAGGCUCAGGGCAAGGCCCAACGUGACCUUGAGGGAAAGGCUCAAGGAAAGGCCCAGCGCGAUCUAGAGGGUAAAGCCCAGGGAAAAGCACAACGCGACUUGGAAGGAAAGGCUCAGGGUAAGGCUCAGGGUAAAGCCCAACGUGAUCUUGAGGGCAAAGCUCAAGGAAAGGCUCAGCGCGACUUAGAUGGCAAAGCCCAGGGCAAAGCACAACGCGACCUUGAUGGUAAAGCUCAGUAG